AUGCCGAGGUGAGUCCGCGGCAGUCGCGGCUGCUCUCUCUUUGCCGUCCGGUCCCUGCAGCAGCCCCGCGCGGGUCCCGCCGCCGGCCAGGAUGCUGGAGGAAGCGGGCGAGGUGCUGGAGAACAUGCUGAAGGCGUCGUGCCUGCCGCUUGGCUUCAUCGUCUUUCUGCCCGCGGUGCUGCUGCUUGUGGCGCCGCCGCUGCCAGCCGCCGACGCCGCGCACGAGUUCACGGUGUACCGCAUGCAGCAGUACGACCUGCAGGGCCAGCCGUACGGUACACGAAAUGCAGUGCUCAACACAGAGGCGCGGACGAUGGAUGCCGAUGUGCUCAGCCGCCGCUGUGUGCUCAUGCGCCUGGUGGACUUCUCCUAUGAGCAGUACCAGAAGGCCUUGCGGCAGUCAGCGGGCGCCGUGGUCAUCAUCCUGCCGCGGGCCAUGGCUGCUGUGCCUCAGGACGUGGUCCGGCAAUUCAUGGAGAUAGAGCCUGAGAUGCUGGCCAUGGAGACUGUGGUCCCUGUGUACUUUGCUGUGGAAGACGAGGCCCUGCUGUCCAUCUACGAGCAGACCCAGGUCGCCUCUGCCUCCCAGGGCUCUGCCUCUGCUGCUGAAGUGCUGUUGCACACAGCCACUGCCAACGGCUUCCAGAUGGUUACCAGCGGGGCUCAGAGCAAGGCCGUGAGCGACUGGCUGAUCACUAGUGUGGAGGGGCGUUUGACAGGGCUGGGAGGUGAAGACCUCCCAACCAUCGUCAUUGUGGCUCACUACGAUGCCUUUGGAGCUGCCCCGUGGUUGUCGCUUGGCGCGGACUCGAAUGGGAGUGGCGUCUCUGUGCUGCUGGAGCUGGCCCGCCUCUUCUCCCGGCUCUACACAUACAAACGCACCCAUGCCGCGUACAACCUCCUGUUUUUUGCUUCGGGAGGGGGCAAGUUUAACUACCAGGGCACCAAGCGCUGGCUGGAGGAUAGCCUGGACCACACAGACUCCAGCCUGCUGCAGGAUAAUGUGGCCUUUGUGCUGUGUCUGGACACUGUGGGCCGUGGCAGCCACCUGCACCUGCACGUGUCCAAGCCGCCGCGGGAGGGGACACUGCAGCAUGCCUUCCUGAGGGAGCUGGAGUCGGUGGCCACCCACCAGUUCCCCGAGGUGCGCUUUUCCAUGGUGCACAAGAAGAUCAACCUGGCCGACGAUGUGCUGGCCUGGGAGCACGAGCGUUUUGCCAUCCGCCGGCUGCCAGCCUUCACCCUGUCCCACCUCGAGAGCCACCGCGAUGGCCGGCGCAGUAGCAUCAUGGACGUGAGGUCACGUGUGGACUCUAAGACCCUGACACGCAACACAAGGAUUGUUGCGGAGGCACUGACACGGGUCAUCUAUAACCUGACAGAGAAGGGGACACCUCCGGACAUGCCAGUGUUCACAGAGCAGAUGCAGGUGCAGCAGGAGCAGCUGGACUCGGUGAUGGACUGGCUCACCAACCAGCCCCGGGCUGCACAGCUGCUGGACAAGGAUGGGACCUUCCUGAGCACCCUGGAGCAUUUCCUGAGCCGCUACCUGAAGGACGUGCGCCAGCACCAUGUGAAGGCUGACAAGCGGGACCCUGAGUUUGUUUUCUAUGACCAGCUAAAGCAGGUGAUGAACGCAUACAGAGUCAAGCCGGCCAUCUUCGACCUGCUGCUGGCUGUGUGCAUCGGGGCCUACCUCGGCAUGGCCUACACAGCGGUGCAGCAUUUCCACGUGCUCUACAAGACAGUCCAGCGGCUCCUGCUAAAGGCCAAGGCACAGUGACCACAGCACCCACCCCUUGUCCUGGGGCCACUGAAACUCUCAAUUACAGAGGUUUGCGAGCUGCUCGCUAGGACGUGGGGGCGUCUCUUUGUCCUCCCCCCUCCCCGCGACUUCCUCAGAGGAACAGUUACCUGGGCCACAUGGACUGCCUCCUGGGACACUCUGCACACAGGCUGUGGUGUCCUGUGGCCGGGCCCCACCCUGAGGACUUGGGUACCCAUGUGUCUCCUCUUCCUGUGUCAUCGGGAUCUCUGGGUCCCACUGUCUUCUGGGGCUUUGUCCAAGUGAUCUGCUCUGUGGAUGCCACAGCCUGACCUGUUUCUCACUGGCCCCUAGGUGUGACAGUGGCCCUGUUGUAGGCCAGGAACUUCCCAAGCUAGGUAGCUAGGUGACCUCACACCAUCCCACACACCAUUUGAGGCUUCCUGCUGUCCCCAGCCUCUCAGCACAGUCAUAGGAGCCACCCCUGGAUGUCUGUUCUGCCUGUGGUCCUCGGCCAUUGUCUUUGGCCACCUGACCCACCUGGUCCCCAUGCUGAACCUGAGCCACCACAUGACUACAGCUCACACACCCUUCAUACCUCACCUGUCCCCCACCAGAUGCUGGUGACAUUGGAAGGCAGGUCUGGAACUCCCUUCCCAAAUGCACCCAUGACCUUGCCUCAGUUUCCUCACUCGUGAAGUGUUCUUGGGAAGCUAACCCACCAUCCCGAGAGGGAGUCCAGGUUGGAGGUGAAGGACAGUGUUGCUAGCCAGACAUAGCCCCUGUUCCAGGGGAUCCCUAGGGAUGUGGGGUCCUGGGGAUGUUGGGCAGGGGCCCUCAGGGUGGGGGUUGCAGCUCUGGUAGCAUUGAUUUCAGGGAGACACCCGUGUACCAAUUCGAUAGCAAUAUGACCAGAGUAGGUGUAGGGUGGGUGGGGACAAGGGACCCCAGGGCGUCACCCACCUGCACCUGUUGAGGCCUGGCUCGCCUCAGGCCUAGCACUGCAUCUGCACCCGCACAGCCACAGCUGUGGCCACUGCCCUGUGGACCUCUGUGUCCUAGGAUGAGAGGGGACAUGGCCAUCCACAUGUGCCCUGAGCUAGCUUUCUUUGGGCCAAGCACCUGGCACUCUUCUCUUCAUAGAUACGCAGUCUCCAGAGGCUGCAUGUGGGCCAAGGCCAGUUCCACCCUGACAUGGGAAAGAGCUCACAGGGUGCCAACUCCUGUCACAUCUGAGCCUCCCUUUCCCUCCUGGGCAGGUCAUGGGGACAGACGGGCCAUCAGGGCUGCUGGUGGAAUGUAAUUGCGGGUCAGAAAAUAAAGCCAUAUCGAAUGA